AUGUCGGAAACCCUUUCAGCUGCAGUGCCCUCAGCCAUUCCCGAUGUAGAUGUUGCUUCACAUUCUUCGUCUUCGUCUCAGCUUCCAGUGGUUAAAAAGCGUCGGGUGGAAAGACGUGAGCGGCUGCGCAAGAGUGCUCUCUGCAAGCAUUUUGACAAGCCCGGUGGAUGCCCAUUCCCCAAUUGCAAAUUUGCCCAUGGCAGAGCUGAAGUGAAUGAUAGUGACACGCAUUCGGUAGCAGCUCAACGUCGACUUAUUCGCGAUCAGGCCAUUCGACGCGCCGAAGAGCAGUUUCAAACUUCGGAUGCAGGCGCUGUCACCUCCAAGCACAGAGGCACAAUGAUUGAACGCUACUACACGGAAAUGUUCUCAUGUGACACGAUGAGCAAACCUAUGGAGGACCAAUAUGUGCACAUGCACUCUAAUCGUCUGUGUGUUGUGGGAGUAGCCGAAUCUCAUCCAAUUAUGCAGGAGGAACUUCUGAGCGUUGAGUUCGCGCAGAAUGUGCUCGAGAGCCGCGUGUCUGGCAAGAAGAAAAAGGGUGGCCGCUUUAUGCAGCCGAACACGAUGAUUUGCAAUCUUAAGAGCAAAAGCGGUAGAGAAUAUUCACUUUAUAGCUGUAUUCGUGGCUCGUUGAUUGAAGUGAAUGAACGUCUACUGAAAGAUCCGCAACUUAUACAGCGAAAGCACCAGUCCGAUGGAUAUCUUGUCAUCAUUCAGCCAAAAAAGGUCGAGAUUGCUGAAAUUCAGGAAUCCCUACUCUCAAAAGAUGAGUACAAGCAGUUUCGCGCCAUCUCAAACACGAUUGAAAGAAACAAACAUACCAAAGUGACCCCAGAUGAAACCUCGGCUGAUCAUCUGUGCGAAGAUGAGGUGAAAAACGAGUCGACGCACAAUAUUGUUGAAGGUCCGACAUGCGAUUCUGUGAAAGAAGAAUCAAUGUCGGAGGGUGUGUCAAUGGAUAUCUGA